AUGAUGUUGGCACCGAAUUUGCAAAUGUUUUGGAGAAAUGAGGAGUUUAGGGUGGGUUAGAGACGCAGCGGAGCUAGAGAAACUAGAGAUGAGAGACGCAGAGAAGCUAGAGAGCAUGUAGAAGUUGGAGAAAUAUAGAGGUUAGACAGCUAGACUCUCGAAAAGGUUAGAGAAGAAGAUGAUCUAAAAAUACCUGAAAAGCUAGAGACGCAGAGGAGCUAGAGAUCACAGAGUAUAUUUUUGCAGCUCCGAGAAUCUCGUGUAAUAUCAAUAGCCUCGAAAUCAGAUGAAUCAGUAAUUGAUCGUCGAUUAGUUGAACAAGGUGUUGUAUUAGGAGGAUUGGCAAAAGAUCGUGUUAUUGAUCGAUUGAUUGUGUCUCCGGAUUUGAGAUAUUCAUCGAUUAAAGGUGGGUGA